AUGAGCGCAGGCGCGAACACCAUCGCCGCCACGCGACACCAAAUUUCCUCGAACAACAUUAACGACAAAAUGAAAAAGAAAAUUAAACUCAUAUUACUCCCUGGCAUGGGAUGUUGUCCGGUGAAAGAAUCCAAUUUCUACGGGUGGUUGGAGACAAAAAUACGAACGGAUGCACACUUGCGCGAGAGGUUUACGCUGGAUUUAAGAGACUUCCCCGAUCCACACUUAUGGUAUUUCUUUGAAUUACUUAUUAUUCUCUCCUUUUUUGAUGAUGACGCGUUAAAACUGAUUCGAGCGCGUUCCAUCUGGCUCCCGUUCGUGCGCGAUGCACUCGCAGCGGACGAACAUUCCAUCCUCAUCGGCCACAGCUCCGGCGCAGUCGCGUGCGCCAGAUACGCGGAGAAAUACAAAGUCAAAGGCAUAUGCGUCUGCGCUGGGUACGACGAUGACCUCGGCGAUGCGACAGAAAGAGCAUCCGGCUAUUUCGAUACCCCGUGGGACUACCGCAAAAUACAGGAGAAUACUCAGUUCCGCGUGUGCUUCGCCGGCGCGAGAGAUCACCUGGUCCCGAUUGAUGUGCAGAGAAGGUUCGCGAAAAACUUGGACGCGAAGUGCGUGGAGUUUCCGGAAGGUGGGCAUUUCUUUACGCCGACGUUCGAGGAGUUGAUGAGGGAGAUUGAGAAGGCUUUAGAUGAGACCGAGGACGAGACCUGA